AUGGCGCGCCGGGCGUCCAGAUCCUCCUCUGCUUUGCAGUGGACCACCCUUUUCUAUCUUCUCCUCAUUUUCGUUUGUCCUCUCGCAUUGAUCGGCUCUGUCAACGCCAAAGAUCAAGCACCUUUAAAUGAAUCAGACUCCAACUAUGGCACCGUGAUCGGUAUCGAUCUGGGUACCACCUAUUCCUGCGUCGGUGUGAUGCAGAACGGAAAGGUAGACAUCAUCGUCAACGACCAAGGAAACCGAAUUACUCCUUCGUAUGUCGCAUUCACCGAUGAAGAACGGUUAGUAGGUGACGCGGCAAAGAACCAAUAUGCUGCGAAUCCGACACGCACUGUUUUUGAUAUCAAGCGAUUGAUCGGUCGAAAAUUCUCAGACAAAGACGUCCAACGAGACAUCAAACACUUCCCCUUCAAGGUUAUCAACAAAGAUGACAAACCUAUGGUCAGUGUCGAGGUUGCCGGUCAACCCAAGGUCUUCACUCCCGAAGAAAUCUCCGCAAUGGUGUUGGGCAAGAUGAAGGAAGUCGCAGAAGCGUACCUGGGCAAGAAAGUCACCCACGCGGUUGUCACGGUCCCGGCCUACUUCAACGAUAACCAGCGACAGGCGACGAAAGACGCUGGAACAAUCGCCGGUUUGACUGUUCUCCGCGUUGUCAACGAGCCAACCGCCGCAGCCAUUGCGUACGGCCUUGACAAGAAGGGCAAGGAGAGCCAAAUCAUUGUCUACGAUCUCGGUGGUGGUACAUUCGAUGUCUCUCUCCUCUCGAUUGAAGACGGUGUUUUCGAGGUUUUGGCUACGGCGGGUGACACCCACCUUGGUGGUGAAGAUUUCGAUCAGCGAGUCAUUGACCACUUCGUCAAGCUGUACAACAAGAAGCACGACGUGGAUAUCCGGAAAGACCUCAAGACCAUGGGCAAGCUGAAGCGAGAAGUUGAACGAGCCAAGCGAACCUUGUCUUCGCAAAUGUCAACUCGCAUCGAGAUUGAGGCCUUCCACAACGGCAACGACUUUUCCGAGACCUUGACUCGAGCCAAAUUCGAGGAGUUGAACAUGGAUCUGUUCAAGAAGACUCUGAAGCCAGUUGAACAGGUCAUCAAAGAUGCCAAGGUGAAGAAGUCGGACAUUGAUGACAUUGUUCUUAUCGGUGGUUCAACUCGUAUUCCCAAGGUUCAAGCCAUGAUCGAGGAAUACUUUGGUGGCAAAAAGGCUUCCAAGGGCAUCAACCCUGACGAAGCCGUGGCCUACGGUGCGGCUGUACAGGGUGGUGUUCUUUCCGGCGAGGCUGGCACUGAAGACCUCGUCCUUAUGGAUGUCAACCCCCUCACUCUUGGAAUCGAGACCACUGGAGGUGUCAUGACCAAGCUCAUCCCUCGCAAUACCGUCGUUCCCACCAAGAAAUCUCAAAUCUUCUCGACCGCGGCCGACAACCAGCCAGUUGUUUUGAUUCAAGUCUACGAAGGCGAACGAUCUCUAACCAAGGACAACAACCUACUUGGCAAAUUCGAACUCACCGGCAUUCCUCCUGCGCCUCGUGGUGUCCCACAAAUCGAGGUGUCAUUCGAGCUGGACGCCAACGGUAUUCUUAAGGUUUCGGCUGCCGACAAAGGUACCGGCAAAUCCGAGGCCAUCACCAUUACCAACGACAAAGGCAGACUGUCACCCGAGGAAAUCGAAAGAAUGGUCGCCGAAGCCGAGCAGUUUGCCGAAGAAGACAAACAGGUCCGGGAAAAGAUCGAGGCUCGCAACAAGCUUGAGAACUACGCCGUCUCACUCAAGAACCAGGCCAACGAUGAAGAAGGCCUCGGCGGCAAGAUUGACGAGGAGGACAAGGAAACUCUUCUGGAAGCUGUCAAGGAGACCCAAGACUGGCUCAACGAGAAUGCCGACACGGCGGAAAAGGAUGAUUUUGAUGAACAGUACGAAAAGCUGUCGAACGUGGCAUACCCCAUCUCCAGCAAGUUGUACGGUGGUGGUGCUAGCGGUAUGCCAGAUUAUGGCGAUGAUGAUGAGCCCGGUCACGACGAGUUGUGA